UUGGUACUACCGUGUGGUAUGUGGGAGGUACUUCACUGCACAUAGUUGCUGCAGUGCUAAUAGUUGGCAGCACAGAAGGCAGCACAAAGAGUCCGACUGAAGGCACUUGCAGUUGCAAGGUUCCCUUGGAGGCUGUGGUAUGCUCAGUGAGCUGCAGGGGCACUCCUGACACUUCAGCCACUUGUGUGGAGAAGUGGGAGUUCCAGCAGGCUUUAACAAGUAGAGGUACAACAGCAUAGCUCAGACUGGCUAAAAAAUAGUACUCAUUCUGCUAUGUAAACAAAACAAGUUCUUAGUAUCAAGAUGGCCGACCUGGAAGUCUACUUGUAGCGCGUGAUAUGCAAAUGAGCUACGUGUCAGUGGCUUACUCAGAGGAGGAAGCUCAUUUUGCACAUGCCACCUUCUCACCAGGGUCAAGAUGGAUAGCGCAGAUGAACCUCAGAAAAAAGUCUUCAAAGCACGAAAAACAAUGAGAGUAAGCGAUCGACAACAACUUGAAGCUGUCUAUAAGGUUAAGGAGGAGCUGUUGAAGACAACUGAAGUUAAACUGGUAAAUGGCAAGCAUGAGAAUGGAGAUUCUGAUUUAAAUUCCCCUUUAAGCAAUACAGACUGUAUGGAGGACAAGAGGGAAGUUAAUGGCCUAGUGGACUUGUGUGUUAAUUCUGAAGAAGGAAAAACAACUUAUGAUGAAAACAGUGAAGCCAAAAGCCCUGAAAGUAGGGCGGGGAACAUAGUUAAUGACAUGGAACUCAAACCUCUAACACUGUCGGCAGAGAAGUCUGCACUGUCUCCUGAGCAAGAUAAAGAUACUGAUACUGCUUUAGCUUGUGAGGCUGAAACUGGAGUGCUUGCUAGCAAUAAAGAUAACUUCCAUGAAGAAAAUACAAAAGAUCAUUUGGACCAAAGAGAGAGUGACAGCCCAUCAGAAGGUGGAAGUAAAUCAAUCUGUGUUACUAGUGACCCUUCUGAAGAGAAGGGAGAAACAUAUGAUGUAACUGUUAAUUCCAAUUCAUCUGGUGAGGAGAAGAGGACAGAAGUAACUGUUGAAGAUGCUGUUGGAGAAGAAGCCAUCUCUAGCAGUAUUGAAGCUGACCAGGAACCAAAGGACAAACACGACGGCACUGCUGAUCUUUCAGAAACCACUGUUCAGAAGACAGUAGAUGAGCCAAGUGAAGGUAUCUUGGACAAUGCUGACUCUAUGGAAACAGAUGAAAUUAUUCCAAUUUUGGAAAAACUAGCCCCUGCUGAAGACGAACUGAGCUGUUUUUCUAAAAGUUCUCUGCUUCCAGUGGAUGACACAGUCCCAGAUUUAGAAGAGAAAAUGGACAACAGUUUGGGUUCACCAUCCAAGCAGGAAAGCAAUGAAAGUCUGCCAAAAGAGGCUUUCUUGGUACUGUCUGAUGAAGAGGAACCCUGUGAUGAGAAGGAGGAAUGUGCUGAAGCAAUACUACCAAACAAGUCAAGUCUUCCAGAAGAGGUGGAGGAGGAGAGAAGAAAGGAUUGCGAGGAGUAUAAAGAAGGAGAAGAGGCCCAUGGAGAAGGGGAGAAACACACAGAGAGAAGUGAAGUGUCAAGGAGAAAGCGUUCCAAAUCUGAGGAUAUGGACAGUGUUCAUUCUAAACGUCGUCGGUACAUGGGAGAAGAUUACGAAGCAGAGCUCCAAGUAAAAAUUACAGCCAGAAAGGAUGUUGACCAAAAAUUACAAAAGGUUAUCCAGAGACUGUUAGAAGAAAAACUUACUGCUUUACAGUGUGCUGUAUUUGACAAGACUCUGGCAGACUUGAAAACCCGAAUAGAGAAAGUAGAAUGUAACAAGAGGCAUAAAACUGUGCUUACUGAACUACAAGCUAAAAUUGCUAGAUUGACAAAGCGGUUUGGAGCAGCCAGGGAGGACUUGAAGAAAAGACAGGAAAAUUCACCAAAUGCACCUCUGUCUCCAGGGAAAGCAGCAACUGACACUGCAAACACAAAUAAUGUGACAUAUCGACAUGCUGGCACAGUGAGACAGAUGCUAGAGUCAAAGAGGAAUAUAGGAGAGAGCACACCGGGAACUUCUCAAGCCCCUGUGAACGCUGUGCCAGCUUCUACCCUUGCUGCUCCUCCAGCAGUUGCCAGUGGACAUCCUAAGCCUCAGACUCCAGUGACUUCCACGAGUUCUUUGACAACAGUUCUUCCCACAGCUAACACUGCUACAGUUGUAGGCACUAACCAAGUGCCCAGUGGCAGCACUCAGUCAGUGUCUGUCUCGUUGCAGUCUUUGCCUGUAAUCUUGCAUGUACCUGUUGCAGUGUCAUCCCAGCCUCAGCUCCUGCAAGGCCACACAGGGACUUUGGUCACUAACCAACAGUCAGGCAGCGUUGAAUUUAUAUCCGUACAAAGCUCAUCCACAGUUGGCAGCCUUACCAAAACUACAAUGUCUUUGGCACCAGCUAACCCAACUAAACCAAAUAACAGCCCAUCUGUGCCCAGUCCUGGUAUUCAGAGGAACUCUCCAGGCAGUGCUGGGCCAGUAAGCACAACGUUGGCGGUACAGGCUGUUACUACUGCACAUCCUGUUGCCCAGGCCACAAGGACUUCUUUGCCCACAGUGGGUACUUCAGGACUUUAUAAUGCUACCAGCAGUCGAGCCCCCCUACAGAUGAAGAUUCCUCUCUCUGCAUUUAAUAGUACAGCUCCUACUGAACCUCCCACCAUUACGGCGCCCAGAGUUGAAAACCAGACAAGCAAGCCACCAACAGAUGCUUCGGCAAACAAGCGAACUGCUGAGGGAACAACACAGCAGUUGAAACAGGAAGAGACUUCAUCAGAAAAUAAAGAAGCAGUAGAAGCAGCACAGACGAAUUUUAACUUCCCCGAGGAUGUCCUUUUUGGCUUGGAGGAAGAGGAAGAGGAUGCUAAGAGCAUCAAAAACACCCACAAGCAGACUGGCUGGGCAGCUAACCUAUUAAAACAAUGGCUGGCCAAAAAUGGCAAGGAUCCUAGCUUUGAAUUGGUCCCAAGCGGGAAGGUCACAGGAAGUGAUUCAGGAGGUGUCAUUGAUCUUACACUGGAUGAAGAGGAUGAUGGUUCUUCUCAAGCAGAUAGCAAGAAGCAGAACCAGACACCUGUUACAGGCUUGAGCAUAUCUACCCAACCCUUGGCUCAACCUUUGCAGCCAAACCCUGUGCAGCAGCCAGGUGUGCCAACAAGUGGACCUUCCCAGACCACCAUACAUGUAUUAUCCACAGCUGUGACAACAGUGAAUGUAACUCAUCGACCAGUGACUCAAACUGCUACAAAACUUCCUAUACCAAGAGCCACUGCUAACCAUCAGGUGGUCUAUACCACUCUUCCUGCACCACCAGCUCAGAAUCCUGUAAGAGGAGCCAUCAUGCCAAGUCCAGGUUUAAGGCCAGUCAACCCACAAACUGGAGGUAUGACGGUACGAAUGCCUCAAACAACUGCAUAUGUUGUGAACAACGGACUAACCCUUGGAUCUGGAGCACCUCAGCUUACAGUGCAUCAUCGACCACCACAAAUGCAUGUUGAGCCACCACGCCCUGUACAUCCUGCCCCACUCCCGGAUGCACCACAGCCACCACGUCUGCCCCCUGAAGCUGCCAACACUUCUCUGCCUCAAAAGCCACAGUUGAAGCUGGCACGGGUACAGAGCCAGAAUGGUAUUGUGCUGUCAUGGAGUGUCAUGGAAGUGGACCGGAGCUGUGCCACUGUGGACAGUUACCAUCUCUACGCGUACCACGAGGACCCGAGUGCCACUAUGCCAUCCCAGUGGAAGAAGAUCGGGGAAGUGAAGGCCCUUCCACUGCCUAUGGCAUGCACUCUUACACAAUUUGUGUCUGGCAGCAAGUACUACUUUGCGGUCCGUGCUAAGGACAUCUAUGGACGAUUUGGACCCUUCUGUGACCCCCAGUCCACAGAUGUGAUCUCUUCCCAGAGCAGUUAAGCUAGAGAUCUUUGGAGCCUUUAAACCUGUCCUGCUACCAAGAAUUACCCCAGUUUUGGGGGGUUGAUCCCAUGCAUGAAAUUCACUUUGAAAUCCACUCUCUGCAGGAUUAUUUUAGACAGUUGUGUGAUACACUACAUGCAUUCAGAACCAAAAGAAAAAUAAAGUAUCACCUGUGGCAAGAGAACCUGUUUUUUCUGGAUAGCUCGAGUCAUGGGCCAUUUGAAAAUUCCAUUUUCCCUUCCAUGACAGCUGUUCCACCUAGAUACCUACGUACCCUUUAUCGAAGGGCACCCUGUAUGCCUGGGAUUCUGCUUCAGAGUGGGAACAAUAAUAAAUUAUAGUUUGUCUGAAGCAAAAUAUACACAUCUGUAAUAUCUGUCAGGGCACUAACAUGAGGGCAACGACAGAUUUGCCUCUUGCCCCCCACCACUCUGUGAGCAGGCUGUGAAGUGAAGGGUGAUUUAGGGUACCACUUUCGUACUGGAACAUUGAGUGGUCUGGUCUUAUUUUACAAACUGUAAUGAGCUCUCUGAGGGGACCGGAGGAACUUGAGUCUGGCCGAGGAGCCAAUAUGUGUGUAAAUUUGGAGGUGCUGGGGGGGAAAAGAAAUACAUCACUCCACUACCUCCUACCUCUCCUAAGUAAAAACACUCCUCUACUGUCACCAUCCUCCCCCAUUCACACUGGGAGCAUUCCCAAGUCAGAUCUGAAACUGGAUUGUAGAGACUGUAUUCAUACCUCUCCAGCUCAAGAUAAUUUCUCUGCCCCUCCCCUCAUACAUCCAGCCCUAUUUUUUAGAUUUAUUUUGUGCCUUAAAGAAUAAUUCCAGAAAUAAAAUGUAGCCAGAUA